AUGCUGGCACCCCUGGCUUUCAACGCGAGUCAGCUUCGCGCGAUGCCGGGCGGCCAGGGUGCAGCAUUGAUCCCCCCUAGUAAUCCCUCCAUUGGCCCGGGCCAGUUCGCUUCUCUCUGCUCUUCCGAUGGAGAUAACUGGGAUAACCUGAAACCCAAGGUCUGCUUCAAACGCGGACGAGCGACACAUGCGAAUGCGACGGACCCCGAUGCGACGGAUUCGUCGUCGGGCGACGAGAGCUGCGGCACGCACUGGGUCAAGACCGCUCGCGUUAAAACCGAGCCUGAGGCUGCGGCGCGCGGUGCGCGUGGCGCGGAUUCCGGAAGCGAAGGCGCAACCGAAAGCUGCCUUCCCGCUUCCUCCGGAGCCUUUCCCUUUUCUCCCCCCGCGGGGAUCUCCCCCUUCUCCGCUUCCGCCUCCCCCUUUUCCGCCUCCGAUACCCGAUCCUUCCCACUUGACCCGUCGCUUGCAAUGCCGGGCCCGUUCUUUCCGCCGUCGUACCCGUCUCCGUUCUUCGCGCCGCACUUAGCGCCGCAUUUGCCGCCGCACAUGCCGGCGUGCCCGAAGCAACUCGCCAAGUGGCAGAAGCAGGCCUCCGUUCCCGUCCCCGUGUCUUCCGCCGCAAUGCGCGCCGCCCAUCGCGGCGACAAGCUCCCCGCGCCGCCCGGUACUCUCCCGAUGGGAAUGCUCGGGGGUCCCUGCUCCCAGUAUCCCAUGCCCGUGAAUUACGGCGGACCUUACGGCGGUUUUUACGGGCCGGCAGAUAUGGCAUCUGCAGGAGCGAGUUCUGCUCAAGCUGGUGCCGCUCCUGCGGCGGCGGCGGCGGCGGCGGCGGCGGGGGCAGCGGCGAGAGCAGCGGGGCGGAACGGCGUUUCUGCUCGACCCAAUCUGCCCUCCGCCCCCUCCGCCCCCUCCGCCCUGUCCGCCCCUUCCGCUUCCGCCCGUCCUUCCCCUAAGCCUGCUCCCGCCGCUCCGUCCGCUUCCAGCCCUCUCUCUCCUCGCUCCGCCAUUUCUCCUCCUUCCGCUUCCUCCCCUCCUUCCGCUUCUUCCGCCCGUUCCGCCCUGUCCGCGCCCUCCGCCCCUCCUCCGUCCGCCGCUCUCGUGCCCACACACCCUCCUCCCCGCGCGUCUUCCGCGGGUCCCCCUACAUCCGUCCCCCGCGCUCCCGCUGGUGUUUCCGCAGGCGCAGCUCCCGCGGGCGCAGCUUCCCCCGCGGGCGUGCAGAGCGCGCGGAACUUCCCGCCCAUGUACUGGCGGGUCGCGCCGCCGUCAGCUGCCGCUGCCGCGUCUAUGCCGAUGGGCUACUUGACGGCCAUGCCCGGAAUGGCCGGCAGUUCUGCCGGCCAGAGCCUGCCGGCGCAGUAUGGAGCCCUAUACGCAGUAGAAGCUUCCCCGUUUCUUCCAUUCGCGCCGCAUGAGGGGGCUUUUGCCUUUGCGCCGAUUAUGGGCGCGGGGGGAUUGGCGCAGGAGCAGGGGGGAGCGGAGAUGGCGGGGAUGGGGAGCCUACCGCAAGGGAUGGGGGUAAUGGGGGGGAUGGCCGGGAUGGGGGGAAUGGCGGGAAUGGGGGGCAUGGGGGGAAUGGUGGGUAUGGGGGGGAUGGCGGGAAUGGGGGGAAUGGCGGGUAUGGGGGGAGUCGAGAUGGGGGGCAUGGGGGGUUUGCAAGGAUUUCAUAUGGUGCAAGGCAUGCAAGGCAUGAACGGCAUGCAAGGGUUGCAAGGGAUACAAGGAGUGCAGGGACAGCAAGGCCUGCAGCGAGUGGAGAGCAUGCCAGGCAUGCAAGAGUUACAGGAGAUGCAGAGGCAACAAGCUGUGCAAGGGGCGCAUGGGAUACAAGGCAUGCAAGGCAUGCACAGCAUGCAAGGGGUGCAAGGAUUUCAGGACUUGCAAGCCAUGCAGGGCAUGCAAGGCAUGCAGGGGGUGCAGGGCAUGCAAGGCGUGCAAGGAAUGCAAGCGUUUCAAGUGAUGCCACCGAUGCAGGGCAUGCACACACUACAGGACAUGCAAGCAAUGCACGGGAUGCAGGGCAUGCAAGGCAUGCAAGGGAUGCAAGGGAUGCAGGCAAUGCAGGGGAAGGAGAAGCAGCACGGGAAGCUGAAGCGGGGCGAGGGCAAGGACAAGGCGGCUCACCGCUACCGCGGCGUGAGGCAGCGGCCCUGGGGCAAGAGCAAGGUGAGCCGCGCUCAGUGUGUUCCCGGCAAGGAUUGCCAUACGGCUUCUGGUGAGGGCAAGGACAAGGCGGCUCACCGGUACCGCGGCGUGAGGCAGCGGCCCUGGGGCAAGUGGGCUGCGGAAAUCAGGGACCCAGCGAGGGGGGUGCGGCUGUGGCUGGGCACGUACGACACAGCAGAGGACGCUGCUAGGGCCUAUGACGCUGCAGCCCGAACCAUACGGGGCGCCGAUGCCCAGACAAACUUCGCCGACCCAAACCCCCCCGCUGCUGCUGGCGCUGCUAGUGAUGGUGAUGCUGCUGCAGCGUGCCUGCUGUUUCCAAGCUCCGGCCCUGAUGCUGCCGCUCCAGGUGCAGCUUCAGGUGCUGCUUCAGGUGAUGCUUCAGGUGCAGCGGAUCCAGGGUCGGCCACUGUUGUUGGCGUUCCAGCUGUGUAUGGCAAUGCUUCAGGUGGUUCAGGUGCUCUGGCUGCUUAUGGUUCAGGUGCACGCGAGCAAGGUGCAUCAGGGAUGAUGAUGAAGCUAGAGCAAUGCCAAGAUGAUGAUCCUGAUGCCACAUGUCAUGAUGUUGAUGCUGGCAUGUGGGCUCUGGACAUGCCUCUAUAUUUGGAGGCUGGUGACGAUGGCAUGGAUAGUCUGUCCAUGGCUAUGGUAACAACUGGUAGAAUGCCUUCGUCCGAUCACACUGCCGUUCCGGAUCCUUGGACCUCUCGCCCUUCCGCUUCAGGACCUCUGCCUGGAGCGAUGCGUCCGUCUGCUGCACCUAGACCGACCCCACAUCGUUCUUACAGCCAAGGGGUUUCGCGGUAUCCCGCUAACAGGCCACCUUCCGCGAUCCACGGCAUCCCGGAGCUUUCCACGUCUCCUUCCUUCGAGGAGGCCUCGCUACUGAUAGGCGAGGCCAUGACUUUCGAUCGCACGAACUGGCACCCGCACGCUUUCGGCUCCUCCGCUUCCGUUCCCGAACUCUCCACGUGGCAUCCCGGGAAUCACGGGGUCGGCGCUAAUGCCGCCUCGAACAGCCGGCCCACGGUCGGCGCGGCCGUUGCAGAAGCGGGUGACUUGAAGCCUAUUGGCGCUAACUCUGGUAACGCCGAGGCAGAGAGGCCUUGGUUUCCUGGAGCAUCUGGAGAAACGAUUCCUGUCGGUAGUGGAGGGCCGUUUUCGGCGCAAAGCGGAGGGUUGUUUACAGGGCUUCCAGUGCAGGAGCAGCAGCGGUGUGCGCUUCCGGAUUCGGAGAUGGGAUGGGGGGACGCGGGGGGCGCUGGGGCAGAGGAAGCGGGGAGGGCGGGAGGCGGAAGAGGGGAAGGCGGGGCGGGGGUACGGGACGACGUGGCGGACGUGGAGUUCGCUGAUUGGCUGAUGGUUCCUGGGGAAGGGGAAGGGGAGGAGGGGAUUCCGGGGGAUUUGCUAGGAGAUGGAGGCCAGUGUGGACCUGAUGCCUGUGUGGCAGGCGGUGUAGUUGUGGAUACUGCUGAUGCUCGUCCUGUUGGUGCUGUUUCUGCCGGUGAUGCUUCUAUCGGAGAUGCUUCUAUUGUGGAUGUUUCUGGUGGAGAGGUAUCUGGUGGUGACGCAUCUGGCGGUGCUGUUUCAGACAAGCGUGUGCGGGGCGGGUGCCUCAUGAGCGUGCUACAGUCAGGUGCAGCUGUGGAAGAGCUGGCUCAAGCAGGCCACGAGGAGGGGAAUCUCGCUAAUGAUGAUAAUGGUGAUGGUGAUGGUGAUGAUGACGACGAUGGUGAUGAUGGUGAUGAUGAUGUGGCUGAUGGUGAGCAUGACGUGGCCGACGGUGGUGCUGACGUGGCGGCCUUGGAGCUCAAUACGGACACAGAUGCUGACUUCAGCGCCUUUGCUGCGCCGUUUGCGUCUGGCCCGUUUGCUGCUAGUCCGUUUGUCAGUGGGUUCAGCGGAUUUGGCCACCUUGGGGGGCACAUGCUACUGGAGGAGCCAUCGUUUGAUCUCGACUUUGCUGCCUUUUGGGGGUUUGGGACAGCACAUGAGGACGCGGCUGGGGUGACUGCAGCGGGUGUGACUGUACCGAGCAUGUCAGCUGCGGAGGGGGCAGUAGUGGAAGCAGCAGGGGCUGGAGGGAUGAGCGCGGGGGCGGAGCUUUUAGGUGGAGCGAAGGAGGCGGAAGCAGAGGGAGCCGCUGCAGGGACAGCAGGGGGGGAUGGAGAUGGGGCAGGGGAAGGGGAAGGGGAAGGCGACGGGGAAGGGGAGGGGGAAGGGGAGAAUGAGGGGGGGGGGGGGGGGGCGGAAGCAGGGGGGACAGCAGGGCUGGGCGGGGAAGCAGGGGUUGAUGUGCAUGGGGAGGCGAUGGACUGUGAUAUGAUGUUCAUGUCUUGGGGCAUGCCCGUCAUGCCCCCUGCCCAGCAGCCCAAGGCCUCAACCCAGCAGAACAAGCCUCGGGCUGGCCAGGCCAAGAGUAAAUCCGCCCAGGAGAAAGCGCAGGCUGGGAAGCAGGUUAAGGCAGAGCAGGCUCAGGGCCAGGUGAAUCGCGUUCAGGUUCCCAUGCCCUCCCCUUCCAACUGCUCCCACACGCCCCCCCUCCCCUCGCACUCCUUCGGCACCCUCCCCCCCUCGCGCACUUCCCCUCCUCUGCACCGCUCUACAUCCUCCUCCACCCCUUACCCAGCAGCCUCAGCAGCACUGACUGUCAGCGGCCCCCUCAAAAGAACCGCCACACACUCAGGCCCUUCUUCUGCCCGCGCUAUACCCUCUAAGAGGCUCUCCAGUUCUCGUUAUAAGGGCCCGGGAGGAGUUUCAGCUGCGUUCAUUGCGCCUGGAAAUCCGUUUGGCGUGUCUCCGUCUCCUCCUGGGCAUUCCAGUGUGUUUUCCCAUCUGUCAGCAUCAGCGCCUGCCACAGCAUUCCCGCCUCAGGUGUACUCGAUGUCCGUGGCGCCUGGAGCAGGGUUCCUGCCAGGGUCUCUGGGAGCAGCAGGAGCAAUGCCAGGUGGUUUUUCAGGUAGUCGGCCAGGUGCUUUCUCAGGUGGUUUCUUCCAUGGGGGGGUUCCUGGGUCUGUUGCAGCACCUGAGCGCAUGCACCUGAUGAUGGCCGGUGGGCCUGGAGCUGUGCACCAGAUUUCUCCUGGGAUGCGUCAGGUGGUCGGUCAGGUGCCUGCAACAAUGGUCCCGGCACACCCUAUGCACCACCCGUACCACCCACACAUCUCACACCAUCCUCAGCACCACAUGGUGGGAUUCUCACCUGCAGGUGCAGCAGGGGUGUCAGGUGGGAGAAUGGGCAUGUAUGGGAUGGGAGGGGGCAGCAUGAGUGUUAGUAUGAGCAGUGGGGGCAGCAGCAUUGCGAGCAGGGCAGGAGUGGGUGCAAUGGCAGGUACAGCGGGACAGGCAGGGGGAGUGGGGACAGGCGGGGUGGGAGGAGGGGCAGUAGGGGCAGCGGCAGGAGGAGUGGGAGGAGUGGGAGGAGGAGUGGGGGCAGGGGGAGUGAGUGCGGAGCUGAUAGUGAAGAGGAAGAGGGGGAGGCAGAAGAAGGUGCCUUCCAAAAUUGGCCCCUGUGGUGCCACCACCAAUCUGCGCCCCCUCGCCCCGAGAAACGCUGCUGCCGCUGCUGCUGGUGCUGGUGCUGGUGCUGGUGCUGCUGGUGCUGGUGCUGGUGGUGGGUCUGCUGGUGCUGCUGCAGCAGGGGGAAUUGGAGGAGGAGGAGCAGGAGUGGGCGGAGCAGGAGGGGCAGGAGGGGCAGGAGUGGGGAUUGGGCAUGGGGUUGCUACAGCUGCUGCUACAGCCGCAGGCAUGGCUGUAGCAGGACCGGCGUUCCCCCCAGGUUCCUCAUCUCAAUUUGGUCUCCAGAGAAUGAUUAUGUUACCCGCCACUGCCGCCCACAUCCCUGCCGCCCACGUCCCUGCCGCCCACGUCCCUGCCGCCCCACAGCCCUCGUUUUUGUCACACUUGCCAGGAGCACACCGCUACCCCAUGUCUGCGCACCCGCCCAUCCAUUUCAACGGGGGGAUUAUGGGCGUGGGCAGUGCUGCUGCCCUGCCGCCACAUGCGGGCCAAGAAUAG